AUGUCCAAGAUGCAAAUCCUUACUUUACGCAUGCGAAAUAGAAAACGAACAAAUGACAAUUCACUUUUAAAUCUUCGCAAAAAUAAAUCAUUUCAAAAUUCUAGUCCUGCUGAACUAGAAUUAGAUGAUACAA